AUGGCGCCGCCGGGGCCGCUGCGCGUGGUGAGCCACGGAGGGCGGCGGUUCCUCUGCUUCUGCGGGGACGGAGGCGCCUCUGCGCGGCUGCAGCUGACCGACGCUUGCGAGUUCUGGAGCUGCAGCGUCCCUCCGGAGAAGCUGAGCGGGCAGAGUCGCCGCAGCGCCCGCCCAGCUCUGCCUCCUGGCGCCUCCUGGGCACCUCCUCCCGGUCACGCCUGGCCUCUUUGCAGGGAGAUCUUGCAGGGCCAGACGCCCACCCUCGCCCUCCACGACAGCAAGGCCACGCUGCAGGUCCAGGACGGCGGGCAGAGCGUGACCUUCGACCUGGACAAAGCCCCGCUCCCCGAGGCCAGGCGGCAGCUGCAGGAGCUCACCUUCGGCCUGGUGGAGCAGCUGCAGACGCUGGAGAAACGCCUGGAAGAGGGCAGAGCCGCCACCGCCCCCUCCUUGGCCCUCAGGAGCCCCGAGAAGAUCUCACCCAGCCAGAGUCUCUUGGGAGCAGACUUCAGUCCGCGGAAGCCCAGAGGAGGGGCUGGUCCGAGCAAGCGGCGUCUGCCUGGGGAGUCCCUCAUUAACCCUGGAUUCAGAAGCAAGAAGACCCCGACGGGGGUCGACUUUGAAGAUGCCUGAACUGUUUUCCAAAUCAAAUGGGAAAGAACUACUUCAUCAUGGAUGUUUUUAAAAUUAUUGAAGCCUUAAAACUAUGCCAAGUACAGUAUAUUUUUGUUUGUGCUGUAUAGAAAGAAGAUUAAAUGCAAAGGUCUCUCAUUGACAAUAAAUGCUUGAUUUUA